UUUCGGAUCCAUCAGCUGCUCUGAGCUUUAAGGAUCAGAAUCUUAUUUCAUUACGUCACCAGGCGGCUCCUGACGUCUCCCCGGUCCGUCUGCUCUGGUUCAAGCCUCUCGGUGUUUUCUGUCGCAGUGAGAUCAUCCCGUCCGUGUUCAUGCCAGAUCUGCAGCGCUUCAGUUUUCCAUACCAUAGCAUGAAUCCUUUGUUGGGGGGCAACGCGCAUCUCCAACAGCACCCCCCGCAGAUCCAGUCGCCCGGACACCCGGAUUCUCCCUCAGGCCUCCUGCCCGACUCCGUCUUCGGACCCGGAGCGUCCUUCCUGCUGGGUGAGCAGGCCGGUCCGGGCCUCGAUCAGCCGGGCCCUGACUUCCCCGCCCCCUCCCAGACCCCCCAUUACCUCCACCACAACCACAGCAGCCUGUACCAGCACCGCGCUGCGCCGCACCCCCCUGCAGCCAUGGCCCUCAGGAACGACCUGGGCUCCAACAUCAGCGUCCUGAAGACCCUCAACCUGAGGUUCCGCUGCUUCCUGGCCAAGGUGCACGAACUGGAGCGCAGGAACAAGAUCCUGGAGAAGCAGCUGCAACAGGCGCUGGAUGGCAACAAGGGCUGCCAGGGGGGGUGCUGUGAGAGCAGGGCCAACACCCAGGAGGCCGGGGUGCAGACUGGGUUUGUUGGGACCCUACCCCUCAGGCCUGGUUCCCUCCCCUUCCACAACACCAACAACUCUGCCAGGAGGCCCACCACCCUGUUCACACCCCCUCACUCAUCAGCCGCUGAGAGCACCAGUUCAACCCAGACCAACACCAGUAACCCGGUCAUCACCAUCAGCCAGUCCUCCCCCUGUGUGGACUCCCCUGGCUACAGCUCCAGGGGCGUCCCAGGCCCGGGCAGCUCCGCCAAUCCCCCCCCAAGGUUCCUUCCUGGCAGCAUCUGGUCCUACAACCACCCCUCUCGCAAGUUUGGUGCCGGUGCCGAGCGGGUGACCAGCCCGGGGGUGUCCUGGGUGCAGCCGGAUGGAGUCGGGGUCCAGAUCGACACCAUCACCCCUGAGAUAAGAGCCCUGUAUAACGUCCUGGCCAAGGUGAAGCGGGAGAGAGACGAGUACAAACGCAGAUGGGAAGAAGAAUACACCAUGAGGAUGGAUCUGCAGCAGAAGAUGGCCGACCUUCAAGAGGACCUGCAGGAGAGUGAAGGCUGCCAGGAUGAACUGGCUCUCAGGGUUCAGCAGCUGAAGGCAGAGCUGGUUCUUUUCAAAGGUCUCAUGAGCAAUAGCCUGUCCGACCUGGACAGUAAGAUCCAGGAGAAAGCCAUGAAGGUGGACAUGGACAUCUGCCGCAGGAUCGAUAUCACCGCUCGUCUCUGUGACGUCGCUCAGCAGAGGAACUGUGAAGAUGUGAUCCAGAUGUACCAGAUUCCCAACGGCCAAUCGGCCUUAAACUUCCGCCGGAAACACACGCCUCUGUCGUUUAACGGGAGCGAGUGCGACGAACCCGCGAGCGCCAACGACAGCGAGGGAGGGCCGGUCAAAGACGAGGAGCAUUGUGGCUCAUCGGCCAAUCAGAUCAACGAGGAGAUGCAGAGGAUGCUGAACCAACUGCGUGAAUGUGAGUUUGAGGAUGACUGUGACAGUCUGGCCUGGGAGGAGACUGAAGAGACGCUGCUUCUUUGGGAGGACUUCCCAGGAUGCACUCUGCCUCCUGACCCCGCCCACCCACCAGGAGAGCAGGAGGACACUCUGGAAAAGGUGAUUAACGAUACAGAAUGUCUGUUUAAGACGCGAGAGAAGGAAUACCAAGAGACAAUCGACCAGAUUGAGCUGGAACUGGCCACAGCAAAGAGCGACAUGAACCGUCACCUGCAUGAGUACAUGGAUAUGUGCUCGAUGAAGAGAGGCCUGGACGUUCAGAUGGAGACGUGCAGGAGACUCAUCACACAGAGUGGAGACAGUAGUCCUGUGGCUCCUGUGUCCUCUGACGAGAGCGACCACAGGGAGAGCGACAAGUCUUCAGCGUCGUCUUCCUCGAGCGCCGGGAGAUCCUGACCCCUCCUCGCCCCGGCAGCACCGGAACAUGUGGUCAGGUUGACCUCCACCGCAACCGGCUAUACAGUACCCCACCAUUGCAAUGUCAACCUGUAACUAUGGCGACACCGUGUUUAUGCGUCAACCUCUUCAUUCACUGAGUCAUAUCAUGCAUUCUCGUGCAAAUCCAGUUUUGGUCUGAGGCGAUCGAAAGUGCUUGAGCAGCAGAGCUGGGUGACGCUUGAAGAUGAAUUUACUGUAAGUCGAAGCGCUGACGUCGCUCUGAGGCAGUGAGGAAGCGCAGAGCUGCAGGAGAGUGUAGCAUGACACACCGCACUCACCAACAAACACGUGCUAGCCUGGGAAUCUCACCAGAACCAUACACAUUUUAAUAACCGCUUAUCGUAGAAAAAAACUCAGUCCCGUGAUAAACAUACUUCUAAUAAACCAAUAUAAAUAGCAGGAAGCCGGUUAUAGUGGAAAGAGUGCAGUGGUGCUACUUUGACCUGACAUCGAUACACGAAACAGCAUAAUGAUGAGCAUCAAAUCGAUAAUUGAUGAUAAUGAGCUUGAUACGAUGUCAUGAUUCAGCAUUUUACUGCCUUACAGCCGCAGAUCCAGCUUUGCGUCUGCGUCAUGUCCGAUUACAACCAUGAGCAAAGUCAGGCUAAAGCGAAAUAAAUCAUAACAUAUGUGCUUUAUCUGGCAAAUUAUUCUAAAAGUGCAAAAAACAGUAGCUGUGUGUAAAGUGGAGCAGCAGGAAGAGGUCUGCACGUCAACACGCCUUGAUGCUUUUUAUCUGCGGAUGAAUCGUUUCCGCUACAGUUCAAAUGAAUUUAAUGUCACCGGCAGGAAGCACCAGCAUCGUUACGUUUUCAGGCUGAAGAAGAUGAAAACACAGAAACAUUGAAGCACUCACACACAGACAUGGGGAUCCUGGAAUGAGUCGUUUCUCAGUGGGAAUUGUUGAAAGUGAAUUAGAAGCGUGAACAAAGCGGAGCCAGAUGAUGCAUUUUACUGCAAACAUUGAAAUACUAUGUGAAAUGCAUUGAACACCAGGGAUGAGAUGUUUGAGGUUUGUGUUUUCUGUAAAUGUUGCUUCACAAGAAACCCAGGUUUAGCAGACGAGGAACUCAUCUCUUGUCUUCCAUUGUAAAUGUAUCUGUAGAGUGAAACACAGCUGAUGCAGUCAGUCCAGUGCAUUAACGCCCAAGUGUCACGUAUAGGAGAUGUUGAUAAUAAGUUUUAUUUUACGCUUCAAUAAGAGUGAAGGCCCAAUAAUGAGCUGCAUGGUGAACCGAUGUAAGGGAAAUGUAGGAACAAAAAGAUGGUCAUGAAAUAAUGUGUGUUAGCCGGUGAGUGCCAAAAUAAAAUGAACUCGGUCGUAUUUUGAAUCAACAGGAAAAAAACAAAACGAAUGACUAGCUGCCGAAGCUGUAACACCAAGGUGCUUGAUGUAUAUAACUAAACCUAUUUUUGAGCCUAUAAACCUAUUGCACAUAGAAAGGAAGCAGAAAUGUACUCUAUGAAACAAGCCGCACUAUAACUUGUAAAACAUGUAACAAAAAAAAAAAAGUCAAGACGCUGGAAAUAGAAAAGUAUAUUUCUUCUAUUCAUAUCUUCUUUUACAUGUUGCAGGUGUGAUUCUAGAAUAAUAAAUGAACACAUACCUCUUUUAAACUUUAUUUAAAUCGUUUUUCUCCGCACAUUGAAACAUGAGAUUGAACUUGCACACAUUCACGCCGCUUCAGUAAAACAUGUGUGAAGAUAUACCGCUGGAAAUAGUCACUGUCGAGGGGGGAACAGCCCCCCCCCACCACCAAUCAAUCAUCACUGAUCUAUUAUCUUCUAGAUAUGGUUUCCUAUGUGUGGUUGAAUGUUUUCUUUUCUCCUUCUACUACAACUCACACUUCACCACUUUGCUACAGUAAAAAAAAAAAGUGUGAAGUUUAUUUAGACUCAUGCAUGUGGGGCUGGUGGAAUCAGCUGACGGCUGUUUGAACCAGAGCAGGAUCUCAGAGACAUGACACACACUCAC